GACUGUGUCUGCAUAGAAAAUGCCGAUACCCUUCUUCUCAAAGCACCCAAAGAUUCCUUUACGAUGAGAAACACCGAGCGAGGAAUUGGCCAGGCAGUGCACAAAUUCACCUUCACCCAGAUCUUUGGGCCAGAGAUAGGCCAGAAAGCAUUCUUUGAUGCCACAAUGAAGGAAGUGGUGAAGGAUGUCCUCAGUGGGCAGAACUGGCUUGUAUAUACCUAUGGAGUCACUAAUUCAGGAAAGACUUAUACAAUCCAAGGAAAUGGUACUGACAGAGGGAUCCUACCCCGUUCCCUAGUCAUCAUAUUCAACAGUAUUGGGACACGGUUGUACCGAGCCACAGACCUGAAACCUUUCCUAUCAAACAUAGUAAAUUGGCUGGACAGCAAACAGAUUCAUCAAGAGGAAACCAAGAAGCAGGCUCUAAUCUAUGGUGGGAUAAAGGAGGAGGAACUCUUUACUUCUUUGAACAAAAGUCACAGAACAGCAUCCCAGUCACAAGCACCCACAAGUGGUAGUAUUGACAGUGGCAUUGGUGGACUCUCCUCGGUUUGCCAGUCGACAAACCAGAUGAACUGGAGCCAGCUGGAAG